AUGUUUAAACUGGUGGUGUUGUUCUCCGUGCUCGCUUUGGCCGCGGCCAAGCCUGGCUGGGUAUCUCCCGUAGCCUACAGCACCUUCGGCACCGUGCCGGCUGUCAGCUCCGUGUCGCAGUACAGCAGCGGUGUGUACCACGGAACACCUGUGGUACCCUCCUACACUACCUACAGUGCCUACUCACCCGUCGUAACUGGCUAUGGCUACCCUGGUGUGACUACUUUCACGCAAGCCCACAACUCGCCCGCUGUGGUGUUGGAUGCGGCCCACGGAGUACCUUUGGACACCCCUGCUGUUGUCGCUGCUCGUGCUGCUCACUACCAAGCUAAAGCUCUCGCUAACGCAGGUGUACACACCAUUGCCAAGCGGUCAGUUGUCUCUCCCGUUGCCUACUCCUCGGUCGUCAGCCCCGUGUCUCCCUUCUCUCACGUAGCUUCCGUAGCUCCCGUCACUCCUUUCGUCCGCAGUGCCUAUUCCCCAGUGGCCUACAGCACCCCCUACCUGUCUGCCUACAGCGCACCUGGUUACGCCUACAACACACCUGGUUACGCUUACAACGCACCUGGUUACGCCUACUCCGCCGUGGUACCUAAAGCCCUCUCCGUCCACCCCUGGUAAAUAACAUCCUUAGUGAUCGGUUAUUUUUAAAAGUUGUAAGCAAAAAUUUUGACUGAUCUGAGGUUUGAAGCAAUAAAAGCACUUAGUGCAAUGUCAACACUGCCUUAAUAAAUAUUUUUCACAAUA